GCGACUGGCUCCUCCUCCUCCUGUUCCUGUCCUGCUAGGCUGCUACUGCUACAACUACUUGUACCCGCGCCGCGCACGCCCAUCCCUUCGCGCACGCAACGCAAGCACAGACACGCGCGAUCCGAUCCGAUCUGCGCCCCCCGCCGGCUAUCCAUCCAUGGCGACUAGGGUUUGGCUCACCGCCCUCCUCCUCGCCUUCCUCCUCGCCGCCUCCACCUUCACCGCCCGAGUUGCUAGAGCUGAUUCUGAGGAAGAUGCUGCUGCAGCUGAGGUUGUUGAAGGGGCUGAUCUAGGUAUUGUGGGUGAUGAUACACAGGUUUCCAGUGAUGGACCUUUAAGCCCUGCUUCUGGUGUAGAGACAGUAGUUGUCUUCCCCAAAAAUGCUGGCAAAAUUGUACCAGCAGGUGAAGAAACUGAAUUACUAGUUGGUUUGCAAAAUGACGGUGAAUCAACUUUGAAUGUUGUUGCUGUUCAUUCAACUCUCCAUCUUCCUUUUGACCAUCGUAUGUAUGGCCAGAACCUUACUGUUCAGAAUUUCUUCAAUGCAUCAGUUCCUGUUUCUGUGCAAGCAACCUUCCCCUAUAAAUUUGUUGUGAGCAAGUUCUUGCAGCCUGGAGCCUAUGAUCUGGUUGGUUACAUAGUGUAUGAGAUCGACCAGCACCCUUACCAGAAUGUGUUCUACAAUGGCACUGUCGAGGUCGUUGAGGCUGGAGGCUUACUCAGUGUUGAGUCGGUGUUCCUCAUCACCCUUGGAAUUGCACUUCUUGGUCUCUUUGGAUUGUGGGCAUAUGGCCAGGUUCAGCAGUUCUCGAAGAAAACAAAGAAGGCCCCAAAGGUGGAGCUCGGAACUGGAACAACUGAUGCCAACAUCGAUGAGUGGCUGGAGGGCACUUCGUUUGUGCAGAGAAGCAAAUCCAAGAAGAAGCAGACCUGAGGCUCUCCAGACUAGCUAAUCCUUUUGAGGGUCUAGAAUGAAGCAUUUGAGGGUAGCCCUUCACAAGUGACUUUUGCAGAAAGAUAGAUGCGUAAGGAGGUGCUGAAAACUGUAGUUUCGUGGUCGAACAUCUUUGUUGACACCAUUUUUCGACCUUGUGUACUUUACAUGGAACUUUUCUUCAAACAAAAUUUUGUUAAAAAAAGGUAUAUGCUGUUGCCGCUGGAAUUGCUGAUCAUAUUCGCUGCAUUUUUCUGUCA